UGUUCAUUCCUCAAAACAACAAAUCUUGUGGCCUUUGCAAGCAAGCUAGGCGCCUCACGUAUUAUAUGGCAAUCAACAAACUGCUCGUUUACAACGUCUAGAUAGGCGCCUCCCGUAUUUGCAAUCUCCAUGGGCCACCACCAGACACUCAUGGAGGGAGAAGAUACAUGCCCAUAUGACGCCUUUUAUGCGAGCAAGGAAGCAGAAACGUGGAGAAGCAAUGCUCUGCUAACGGUGGAUGCUAUAUUGGUGGUAAUCAUGGUUGGAAUAGGUGCAUAUGGCCAUCACUAUCGCCACCGCCCCUUCACCCGCUUCCUCUAUGAUGGAGCCACGUCAUUGUUCCUACCAAUCAUGUCAUAUGUUGUCUCUGGUAUUGGUGGCACUUAUAUGACCGCCUUCACAAAUGCUCAUAGUGCAAUCCUAGUCGGGGAGUGUCAGGCAGCCUUUACCACACGCCUAGUCAUAGGAUGGGCUUGCCUUGUUCAAAUUGUUGCCAUAAACAUCAGCGUUGUAGUUGCCGGCGAUGAGAGAGAAGGCCGAAACACUGGCCCUUCAGUGGUUCUGCUUGUCCAAGCAAUGUGGACCUGUUACCUUGCGAUCUACUACGCAGGAUUAGAUAUAGAUACAUUUGGGUUUGUGUUCAAGACUUUUGCAGCCAGAAUGUCUUCAUUGUUGGGAUUUCUUUACCUUGGGACAUUUGUCAUCAUCUUCGCCAAAAUGACCUUCAAGUUCCAUGCGUUUUAUAAAGUUCGGAGAUCAAUUGCUCUUGGACUCAACCCCCGUCUUGUUGUUGGAUAUAUGGAGCAGCUGAAUAAUAGAAGUCAACCCAGUGAGCGUGCACCUCCUCCACUCCUGGUUAUGGGUGAGGAGACUUCCCGGGUAAAGAAGCAACCUCGUGGUUACUGCUUUGUACGCAUGUCCGAGGAAGCUAGGACAAACAACAUGCUAGUGACCAUCGACAAAAUUUGGCUAUUAGAGGACAUGCUUUUGGGGUCAUCAACACGACUCAAAGAUGUGUGCCUCUCCUUUACAUUGUUCAAGUUACUGCGAUGUAGAUUUGCAAGGUACACUAUUGCCGAGGCUGGUUUUCACAAGGUUAAUAACUUUUUCUGGCGAGUGUUGCUAAAGGAUGGUGACGACGAGAGGGUAUUCAGGGUCAUUGCGGACGAGCUUUCUUUUCUUUAUGAUUAUUACUAUUCAUCUCUCUCAAUCUCAUAUCCAAGUCGCCGGAUGUCCAUCUUGAGCAUCAUUAUCUCCCUCCUAAGCAUCGGUGGUUGUUUGUCUCUUAUGUUUGCACUGCGUGGUUACUGGUCGUAUGCGUCUCAGUUCGUGUGUGAGGUAAAUUGCCCUGCAACACACGAUAAGUUGGAGUACCUUGGUUUCGGGAAUUAUUAUAUUGAUCAUGUGCUAGUGCAUUUACUUGCUGCACUGGUAGUGCUUACUGAAGCAAGGGACAUCGCUUCUUACAUCUGCUCUAAUUGGACUAAAGUGGCCCUUAUCUGCGGCUACGUGAAGCAUGCUUCUUGGCAACAAUCACGUGCCUGGCGAGGAUGCGUCAGCCGUGUGUUGCAGUGCAGAUGCAAGCUGUUUAAGAUCUGGGAGGACAAAAUGAACCAGUGCUCAAUUCUCAUGCUCCGCCCAGCGAAAACACCUUUGGCUUUUCUUGGGCGUCUCAUCAAUACACCGCAACGAAAGAAGAAGAUACCAAGAGCGGUGAAGGCCUCUAUCAUCAACGCACUCAGAAGCUACGAGGAGAGUCGCCGAACCAAUGGCAUGGCAUCUAUGCCUAGGAGCUUGCAAGUUGGUGAGGAGCUCUGCUGGAUGUUCGAUGAUGAAGGUACAUGCGAUACUAUGCUUGUGUGCCACAUCGCUACGAGCAUCCUAGAAGUGAGAUCACACCAACACCAGCCUUUUUCGAACCAUAGGAUUACUGCCACUCACUUAUCACGAUAUUGUGCAUAUUUGGUGGCAUACUCACCUGAGCUGCUCCCUGACGACGAUGCUUGGUGCAAGAGCUUGUACGAGGCCGUCAAGAAGGACGCUGACCGUGCCCUCGCCGGUGGCAUUCGGGCGUCAACGCCUGAAGCAGAGUACCACCAGUUGGUCGAGCUGCUCAGUACAAGGCCAAUGCAUGAGGUGCUUCAGAAGGGUGUGGAGCUUGGGAAGCGUUUGGCGGGGAUGAUUGAAAGAGAGGAUACAAUUUGGGAGGUUCUUGCGGGCUUUUGGUCAGAGAUGAUCCUCUAUGUUGCUCCGUCGGAGAACAUCAAUGGGCACGCGGAGGCCAUUGCCCGGGGUGGUGAGCUAAUAACGCUCCUCUGGGCACUGCUCGCGCAUGUCGGUAUCGUCGGCAGGUCCCACAAUGCCCCGGUCAGUGCUUCUGAUGUUGUCUAAGUGUAUGUUAAUUCACUGUGUUGGCCUCGUUGUUUUACAUUAUUAAUCACAUAAUAAAUGUUUCCUAGACGUGUUUUUUUUUUUUUACAAUCAUCCACUUCCUCCCCCCGCGUCGUCCGCUCUCGGGCGACCCGGGGGUGAAACCCUAGGCGCCACCGGUCCCCCGCCUCCCCUUCUCCUCCUUCCCCGCCGCCGCCGGCAGCCAUCGUCGGGCUUGCCCGCGCAGCGGUAGGCGGCGGCGGGGGCUUCCCCGCGCACCCGCCUCGACCUCUGGAGGGCCGGCCCCCCACCCCACAUCGGGCGCCGCUGCCCGCUUUUCCUUGGUGGCCGCUGAGGCCGGCCCUUUGCAACGGCUGCCGCCAGCGUUGUCGCCCCGCGCCUGUCGCCGGGGACGGCUCCGCCCAUCAGAUCCGGCCGCCUUGGCCCUGGGAUCGGAGCCAUACUCCGAUCUGGCGGCUGGUAGGCCGGGGUUCGCCGGAUCCGCCCGGAUCUGGCCGGCGUGGCCUUGCCUCGUCCUGCCCGGCUUGGAUGUUCGCGGUGUGGUGCUCCCUGGUGGCGGUGGUGUGGGUCGUUCUCCAUGUUUCGACGGGAUGUGUGCGGUGGGUGGAUGCCGGGGUGGCGGCCUCGGGCGGUGUGGACGGCGUUGCCUCUUCGGCGGGCGACGGUCAUGGGUGCUGGUGGUCCGUGACUUCGGCCGUGCGGGCGGCGAGGUCUCGGUGGACGUCUACUACAGUGGGUCGGGGUGCCCCGUCACCCGGCGUGCCUGCUUCGAUGAAGUCCAACGCUUUCUUCGGCUGCGUGCGCUCCCCUGGCCAGAUCUUUGGCUGGGUGGAUGGGAUGGGGGCGGGACCGGGGGAAACCCUUGGCCGUCGGCGGAGGCCACGACAAUGGCGGCGCCUUUGCUGGGCGUCGGUCCCCUUCUUGGAGGCCUUGUCGAGGUCCUCUCCCGUCUUUCAUCGUGAUCUUCCUUUGGGCGAAAGCUCUAGUUCCCCUUGCGGGCGACGGCGUCGUACCCUCGUCGCGCUCCUUCUUGAAGGCGUCGCCUGGGGUUUUCGGAAGCAUGGUGGGCGCUUUGCGGUGCGUGCAAGGUGUUUGGCGGCGGCAUUGUGUGCAGCGUUUCACCUAUUCUCCGUCGGUCUUCGUCCUGUGGUAGCGCUCCUUCUGCUUGGAGAUGGACUAGCGUAGAUGGUGGUCGUCGUUUAGCGUCUUGAUGGCGUCGAUGGCGGAGGAUCCUGCCAAGGUUGGCAUCUCAAUCUGCUCUGAAGAUGGACCAGUGGAAGAUGGCGGCGACGACACAUGUGAGUGCGUCAGACCGGAUUGUGCCCCGGACCCGGUAUGUGGCUCGGUCGGGGCCUCAGGCUUUAGAUGUUAGGCUUUGGUGAGAGGUCUGG